GCAGCACCAGCGCCGGCGGAUAGUUAUAGACUUCAGUGCAUUACCACAAAACAAAGUAAAAGCAACUGUAACAACAACACUCUGGAAUACUUUUACGUGAGCACAGCCAGUGAACUGCCAAACGCAACGUUUACAUGUUUUUUACGUAACCCACGUCAAUUUGAUUAUUACAAUACUAUCGACGGACACCAUAACGAUCCAUACGACCCCCAGAACCUGAACCACUGCAACAAUAGUAACAGCCCCAACAUCUACAGCCAUAAUCAGUCGACGAGUCCACAGCAACAAGACAUUCACAAUCGCCUACAAUAUUUGCAACAACAGCAACAACAACUUCUCGUAGAACAACAGUACCUCAACCACAUUCGUCAUUUGCAUCAUUUACGUCAGCACUACGAGUACUAUCAUCAUCAACGUUAUCGUUUAUCGUUGCCUGUGCUGCCACGUUUUCAACUGCAAGUGCAGCAACAGCUAGUACGACCUGUACAGGCAGUGCAGCAGCAGCAGCAGCAUACAGCACUAACGCUGGUGCCCACUCAGCAACAGCACCCACAGCCUUUGACGGCUUCAUCAUCUUCAUCAACAGUGCCGGUGGUGCACAACGAAGACGAGAGCGCCGUCGUUGUCGCUUCCGCUCCCGCAUCCGCACCCGCUUCCGCUACUGCAGCCUCUGCCUCUGCUUCCGCUGUCGCCGUCAUCGCCGCCUCUGGAACACCCUGCACGCAGCCGCAGCCGCAGCAACAGCAGCCGCAGGCGCAGCAGCAGCAACAACCAUUCACCCUGUUACAACACACACAAAUGUCCAAUAAGCUAAAUCCGAAACGCCGUGAAGGUCCGAUCGCUACCGGUACCGGCACACCAUCGGCCGGCAAUACAUCCUCAGCCGCUAACACAUCCUCCUCCUCUAGUUCGUCACUGUCGUCCGCUGGUGGCGGUGAUGGUGGCAUGUCUGCCGAUUUAACUUCGUUGUUCGAGUGCCCGGUGUGCUUCGAUUAUGUUUUGCCACCGAUAUUACAAUGUUCUAGCGGGCAUCUGGUAUGCGUAUCAUGUCGCUCGAAACUCACCUGCUGUCCUACAUGUCGCGGCCCAUUGGCCAACAUACGCAAUUUGGCAAUGGAAAAGGUCGCCUCCAAUGUGAAAUUUCCGUGCAAACACUCAGGUUACGGCUGUACAGCAUCGCUUGUCUACACCGAAAAGACCGAGCACGAAGAGACAUGCGAAUGUCGACCAUAUCUAUGCCCAUGCCCGGGUGCAUCGUGCAAAUGGCAAGGUCCAUUAGAUUUGGUCAUGCAACACCUAAUGAUGUCCCACAAAAGCAUCACCACGCUACAGGGGGAGGAUAUUGUCUUCCUUGCAACCGAUAUCAAUCUGCCUGGCGCUGUUGAUUGGGUUAUGAUGCAGUCAUGUUUUGGUCAUCAUUUCAUGUUGGUGCUCGAGAAGCAAGAAAAAUAUGAUGGGCAUCAGCAAUUCUUCGCCAUCGUGCAGUUGAUCGGCUCACGGAAAGAAGCCGAAAAUUUCGUGUAUCGAUUGGAGUUGAAUGGCAACCGUAGACGCCUCACCUGGGAGGCUAUGCCGCGCUCCAUACACGAAGGUGUUGCCUCUGCUAUACACAACUCGGAUUGCUUGGUGUUUGAUACAUCGAUUGCACAACUCUUUGCGGAUAAUGGCAAUCUGGGAAUAAAUGUAACAAUUUCAAUUGUCUAAAAAGGACUUACACACACAUACUUAUAUACCAACACACACUUACACAUGUAGAGAGAGAAGACAAGAACAGGAAAUAUUUGUAGAAGAUAAAGCGUGGAAAUUUAAGGGGAAAGAGGGUGCGAUAAUGAAGAGAGAGGGAAUGAGGUCACGUGGUAUUGCAAAAUGGGACUUAAUGGAAGAAAGCGACUAUUGAGCAGGGAACGAAAAAUGGCUGCAGAUAUGCAUACAUACAUACAGUUUGCAAAGAAAAUUCUUUUUUUUUUAGAGAUUUUAGUAAAAUGUAAAAAAUAUACUAGGAGCUGAUUUAAUUUUAUUUAAUUGAAGCACCUGUAAAGGGCAAUUUUAAUUUAAUAGAAUACUAUUUUUUAAUACAAAAUUGUAACAAAGAUUGGUUGAAUCAAGGAGUGGAGCUGGAAAAAUUCAUUCUCACUUACUAACAUCUUACUCGAAAAUUUAAGAUAUUUGAUAAAAGAAUUUUAACAUUACAGUUGUCAUAUCUAAAACAAAGACAUUAUACACCUCGAAAUGAGGUACAUUAACAAAGAUUGGUUGAACCAAGGAGUGGAGCUGGAAAAAUUCAUAGAUCAUUUCUAGGUUGCCUUAUCGAUCCUUCGAGAUACGGUCAAGUACCAUCAUUUCACCACUCGAGGCUACUAAAACAACAACAAAACCUUUAUUGUUAAAAUAUAUGCCUUGGCAGCUACAACCAAAAAUAUAAGGCUCUUGUACAACGAAUACCCAUGGGCUCUGAAGGUUGGUUCUUUACUACAAACUUAACUAACCGCUUACUUGAACAUUUAAAAGGAAUUUGUAUAAAACAAUUUUAACAUUACAGUUGUCAUAUCUAAAACAAAGACAUUAUGACCUCGAAAUUAGGUACAUUAUACUUUAGUGAGAUUUUUUAAGUUGUUCGUACAUUCAAAUACUCCAAGAAAUUUU